AAAAAUGACCCUUAAGUUUAUCAGAUAACUUUCGUGUUUAAAGACUAGAUUAUGCGGUGUAUUUGUAUUCCACAGUUUCCUGUGAGAAAUGUGAUCCUGUUUCUUCACUUGGUAUUGGUUGCCCUGAAGGAAGAUGACAGGAUUGUUGGAGGAUAUGAGUGUCAAAAAAACUCUGCACCCUACCAAGUGUCUCUCUUCUCGGGGUACAACUACUGUGGUGGGAUUCUUCUGUCUGAGGAGUGGGUGCUCUCUGCUGCACACUGCAAAUCAAAGUCAGAUCUAGAAAUUCGCCUGGGCGAGCAUGACAUCUGGGAACCUGAGGGGACUGAACAGCACAUCAUGUCUUCCAAGUUUAUCCAACACCCUAACUACAACCCCCGCUCACAAGACAGCGAUAUCAUGCUGAUCAAGCUGAGUCAACCUGCCACUCUGAACAGCUACGUCAGCCCGGCUAGACUUCCUUCAAGAUGUGCCAGUGAUGGAACAAUCUGCCGGAUCUCUGGAUGGGGAAAUAUUCGUCCCAGUGACGAAGGCUCUAAGUUCCCUCAUAAGCUGCAGUGCCUUGAGGUCCCUCUUCUGAGUGAUGACACAUGCUUUAACUCAUACCCUUUCCAAAUCACUGAGAACAUGGUCUGUGCUGGCUACCUGGAGGGAGGGAAAGAUUCCUGUCAGGGUGACUCCGGGGGUCCCAUGGUGUGUGACGGAGAGCUGCAGGGAGUCGUGUCUUGGGGUAAGGGCUGCGCUCAGAGAAACAAGCCUGGGGUUUACACAAAAGUCUGCAACUACAUCUCCUGGAUCAAGAACACCAUGGCAUCUGGUUGAGAGGGAAGGACGUCAAACAACUCACAUUUAAUCUGGCAUCAACAGCAAAGUCCACCUGAUGGUGAUCUAUCUGUACAGUGUCAUUUUUACAUGUAAUAAAGAGUUAUUAAACAUAAGUGACAAGUUACUUAAAGAAAGAAAAUACUGUGUGAGGAGAAACAAAUCAGACUGCCUCCUAAAGUUUCCCCACGCACACAGUUGAAGCUACAAGAAGUUAAAGCUCAAAUAAUACUGACAGACAGGUGUUGUGCUUCUUGUCUCAUUGGUUGGUUCUAUAAUUCAAAGCUUUGUUUAGCGUAGAUGCAUAUGAAAAUGUCAAGGAUUUAACAAUCUAACGAAUCUAGUUGCCUCCUUUGUCUCAGAGCGGGCCCUGACUCAGGCUGACCUAACAGUGAGUGUGCAGAUGAGGUUUUUUUUUCCUCAAAGAUCGCAGAGCAGCUGUGAAACAAACCUGACAUUUACAGCCAGCGAACAGUAAAUCAAGAAGGCAAAAAACACUGCUACACCGCUCUCUGUGGGCUGAAAGUGUAAAGCAUGUUGCACACUCCAUGAUCACCGAUUGUAGAUCACUGCUGCCCUUAGACAGCGGGCGGACCAGAAUCAUUUUUAGAUCUAGUUCAUUUAAACAAUUACAAUAGAAAGUCUGUGAUUGUAACAGGAAGAACUGUGAGGUUCUUCUUUUUAUUAUUAAACUGAAAAUAAAGGGUUGCCAUGAUCUAAAAAUUCAUAAAAAAGGCAUCAGGUGC